CCACCUUCGCGACGUGUACUACUGUCCGUCGGGUUCAUGUACUGACGGCUGCUGAGCUUCUUCCACGCUGUAGCUCAAACAAACUGCACGGUAGACAGAGAAAUGCUCGUGUUAAAGAGACAGUUAGCACAGAAUAUUAGGAUAUACUAAUCAGCAUACAAAAAGCCGCGGCACGUGGCCGUGGCAACAGGUUGGGGGGACAGGUCCAAAUACAUUUCAGGCUUAUAACGCGCUGAAGUCAACCUUGACAGCUAAUGCAACUACCUACAUCGCUUUGCGUGACAAGGACCGGGGCAGGGCCUUCGUGGUGCUGACCAACGUCGCAAUGGAAACCGGGCGCUUCCUACUUGUGGCACUUCUAUUAGCGGCGCCUAUUGUAGGAUCUCAGGAAGUCGGUCCCGAUCACUCUGCAUCUUCUGGACUUCACGAGGCAGUAGCAAAGCGUGCCACCGAUCUAGCGCGCGCGCCGGAUGGUACCAUUGCCACCGAUGUUCCCCUGCCAGCCAUCCGCGCCCACGGUGGCAUUAAUGCAGCAGCUAACGAAGAUGGGGACCCCUCCCGCGGCACCUCAGACACCCCACACUCCGACACCUCCUCCUCCUCCGUGUCCCUAUGGCUGCUCCUCGCCAUGACCAUGGUCAUGGCUCUCCUCUCCGGCGUUGGCGCGCUUCCAUACCUCUUCACCGGCAAGCUCGACCCCUACUGGUCCGGCAUCGCAAACGCGGUGGGCUGCGGCGUCAUGCUCGCAGCCAGCUUCGACUUGCUCGAAGAAUCCAAGACCUACAGCGCCAGUCUGGUCCUAGGCGGCAUCCUCCUCGGCGUCCUCGCCAUGGCCUACAGCCAAUCCUGGCUCUCCCGUUUCGAGGACGUCUCGUUCUCCGAUCUCCAGGGCGCCGACGCGCGCAAGGCGAUGCUCAUCAUCGGCGUCAUGGCAGCGCACGCGUUCGGCGAGGGCUCCGGCGUGGGCGUGUCCUUCAGCGGCCCGCGCGGCUGGGCGCAAGGGCUGUUGGUCACCAUCGCCAUCGGACUUCACAACAUCCCCGAAGGCAUGGCGGUGGCGACCAUCAUGGUUGCUCGCGGCACGCCGCCGCGUACGGCACUGUACUGGACGCUGCUAAGCGCGUUGCCGCAGGGAAUCGUUGCGGUUCCGUCGUACGUGUUUGUGGAGACGUUUAGCGGGCUGCUGCCCAUUGCACUGGGCUUUGCGGCGGGCUGCAUGAUUUGGAUCGUGUUUGCGGAGCUGAUCCCGGACGCGCUGGAGACGGCGGAGCAUGGACAUGUGGCCACUGCAGCCACGCUGUCGGCCGCUGCGCUGCAAUGCAUCAGCAUGGUCAUCGCCAAGCUGGAGCGCGCGGACGGCUCCGUCGCCUCCCCCAUCGCAGCCGAUCUGGGUCUGCUGCUGCCAGACCUGCUGCUGCUGCUGCCGGGCUUCCUAGCGCCGCCCGCCGCCGCAGCCCUAGCGUCGGUGCUGCUGCCCUCGCUGCCGGUAGCCAUGGGCGUGACGACGGGCGUGGGCGCCUGGACGGGCCUAGCAGGGCUGAUAGGACUGCUGGUGCGGCAGCGCAUGGAGAAGCACGCGGCGGUGAUGUGGGCCGCGGCGGGCGCGGCGACAUGUGCGGGGCUGUGGCGCGGGCUGGGGGCGCUUGGAGGCGCGGCUGGGGCGGGAGGAGGGAGUGUGGGCGGCGGACGCAGUGCGUCGGGGAGCAGUGAGGGCAGCCCGCGGGACCCUCUGCAGGUGGAGAAUGGUCUGUCAGAGUACGGCAGCGGUCAGCAGCAGCAGCAGUACCAGUCGCACCGGAGUAGCUUGGAGCAGCAGCAGCAGCAGGGUGCUGCCAUGUGCGGGGGCUCCCAUGCAGGGAACGGCGGCUGGGGGCCGGGGUCGACAAGCGUCCAUGCGACAAGUGUGGCGAUAGGAG